AGGAUGUUCUUCACUCGCCUCACCUGCAUGCGCUCUCGCUGCCCAGAACUGCUGCGGAGAUAUCAUACAAGACUCUGGCAAUGCUCGAAGUCGACUACUCCCUUCGAAAACGUUGACCGAUCGAACGCAACGGACUAGCACUGCAUGCCAGUUAGGGUCAUAACAUAGGACACAAACCCAUGGCCAUAUGAACUGCUUUUGUGUCGAUCAUUCAUGUCGCCCCUUUCAUGUGCUGUGGCCUGGCCUAUGUUUUGUGCUUUGAUCGUAUAUAUGCCUUUGACGGCCUGAGCGCCUUUCUGCUUGGCCUUCCCUUGUUCUCUGCUUCUACUUGCUCUUCGUCCUUGCAGCCACUCUACCAACAUUCACCUCGCGCCAGCAUCCCCGCUUUACCCUGAAGGCGUCCUUUGAUAGCCGACAGACUACCCCGCCUCAAAACCCUUAAGCGCCCGCACCCUUCGCCUCGCUCAUGGUCAUGCCCGAACACCAGCCCGGAACCACUCUUCUGCACGACAUCCGGGUCGGAUGCUUUGGUGGAUCCAGCAAGGGGUCCAAACCUUCCGACGUCGCGAAGACUGCGACUGAGGACGCGAGGGCGACGACUGGCGGCGACGAGCCCACUAGCGACACGGCACCAAUGACUGACACCCCAGAACCCCAGAGCGACGACGCGUACCCCAUAUUCGACCUUCCUUCGUCCCCACCUGGCUACGACGAUGAGUCUGACGACGCUCCGCCCACCGACCGUCGCCACACGCGCGAGUGGACCCCGCCACCCGAGUCUAGCUCGGACGAACUCGUCAUGGACAUUGACUCUGUGAUGCUUGGAUUCGAUGUCGACCGCCCGCGGACCCCGACGCCGGACUAUGGCGACGGAGACGACGACGCGGAGGUGCUCACCUAUGUUCUUGAUGCAUCGCCGUCGCCACCGAGUCCUGGACCUGUGACGCUGCCGCCUUUAGCGACCAUCCUGCCUCUGAACAUCCCUGGUGGCGUGACGUCUUCCUCGUUCGACAACACUGCCUCAGUUGCCACUGAGAACACGGUCUCUUCGAUUCCCAUUGCCAUCUAUCCCAGCGAGCCGGAGCCGGAGCCUGAAAGCCAAAGCACUUCUCCGGCGAUCGAGUACGAGAACCCGCGCCCCAAGAAGACGCCGACGCCUUCGCACCUGAGCUACUGCCUCUACGCCGAGACGAGCGCGCACGACGUGAACCAGACCGCGCUGCGCCGUGGCGCGAAGUACCUGCGGCAGAGCCUCAAGCGGAAGGCGUCGUGGACCGAAACUGACUGGAACGCGUUCAAUGAGGGGUCGGUGCUGAAGAAAGCGCGACCGGUCGAGAUGAAUCCGAGCGAUGAGCUUGCGACGGUGGAAGUCAAGGCUGCGGGGAUCUACAGCGAGUGGGCGCCUUCUGUGGGUGGUCGGUCGCCUCCUUCGUCGCCCGAGCGCAAGGGUGAUAUGGCUACGCCAGAGGAUAGGUCGUCCGGCAGGCGGCGCUCGUCCUUGUCGUUCCCUGUGGACGCAAUGCCUCGGGUGGACGAGGAAGGCGAGGAUGAGGUCGAGCAUGAGACGGACUCCGAGACUGACUCUGGGGAUGAGGCUAUCGAUCUGGCGAUCAGCUCGCGGUCGGGAUUCUACAUCGUGUAAGUAACAUAACAGCAGCGUACUGGCAUCUGGCAUGGUCAUCGUACACUCCUGCAUUGGCUCUGACUCUGUAUAACUAGCUAACAUAGCACAUCCUCCUACUAUCAUGACAUGUGGUACAUAGCCUAUACACCUAUGCAAGUUUGAAGCACAGGUUAUUGUGAAG